AUGUGGCUGCCCUCUGCUCUGCUCUUUCUCAGCCUCCCAGGCUGCUUCACCAUCCGGGGCCCAACGUCAGUGAGUGGCACGGAGCUGGGCUCGGUGACCGUCCAGUGUGACUAUGAUGCAGGAUGGGAGACAAACAGAAAGUGGUGGUGCCGGGGGAAAAGUUGGAGGUACUGCAAGGUCCUCAUUCGAAGCACGGGAACAGAGCAAGAAGUGAAGGCAGGCCGGGUGUCCAUCAAGGACAAUCACAGAAGCCAUUUCUUCACGGUGACCAUGGAUAAGCUGCGCAGAGACGACGCCAAUACGUACUGGUGUGGGAUCGCGAAAAGUGGAACAGACCUGGGUGUCCAAGUUCAAGUGACUGUCGGCUCAGGACCCACUACGUGCUCCUGGCAUUUGUGAAGGUGCCCUUCCUCCUCGUCGUGCUUGGAGUUAUCCUCUGGUUGAAGGGG